AUGACUGCCCGACCUGCGUAUAACAAGCGCUUUGAGGGCGAUCUGAGCGUUACGUCGUUCGGCGGUGAAGGGUUAUCUCGAAGCGCAGGAUUGGCCGUCUUCGAGCUCAGUUCAGUAUCGUCGCGCAAGUCACAGAUUUCAGCACCUCAAUGUGAUUCUCGUUCUGUUGUCCAUUGUGCGGAAACGCUCGUCCGAAGCCCAAUGAUCGCAGUGAGACCAGAAUUCGACCCGCGAGCGUCUCGACCUGAAAUGGGCCCCUGGGGCGCCCACCCAUUCUGCAAGGACCCAGUGGUGUCGUCAGUCGGCGUCGUACCACUGCCGGAACAGCAACUCACCACCUUCAAGGGUGUAUCGCCGACAACACCUACCAAAUCGACGCACAAAGGAAUCAACGCAUGGCCGUUGCCAGAUGGUCACCAAUUCCCGAAGGUUUUCGUCCGCGUGCGCUCCCUGAACGACAUCGCCUCCGUGCAGAAGACGUGGGAUAGAGGCGGCUACCGGGGUGAGCUCGGUGCGACAUAUCCUGGAAAGGAUCCGGUGACAAGUGCUGGUGCCCGAUGUGUGCCCAUGUUCUCCGAAUCGAACCCUUCCUCCGAGAUCGUGCGUGUAGUCCUCGCAUCCCAGCCCAUUGCUCAGCGCUCAUCAGGAUUGUCAGGGGAGGAUUUCGACCGCUUCGUCGUCGUGGUGAGGGAGGGUACGAACGCGAGGACAACGCGUCGAGCGCUCUUCGUCUACAACUUCAUCUGCUUCUGCGCGUGGGCCUGGUUGUCAUUCAUUGUGACUGUCAUUACCCUCCUGCAGACCGCGCACUUCUGGUGGCCGUUUUUCAGCAGUUCUUCUGAUAUGUAG